CCUGAGGGGGACUCCGGGAGACUGACGGGUACGGCCGAAGUUGAGCUCGGCGCAGUGACGUAAUCACUGAGCGACUACAGCUCUGAUUGUUGUUUCCUAAAAUCGUGGCCAGUCGAAACUCAGUUUGUUAUUUCAAAGACAAGGGAAGUGUCGGGAUAAAAAUUACGAAAAGAACAAACCACAACACCUAACAAUCUAGAGGACCAAAGGAACAGGAGACGACAAGAGUGUGAAGAGGUGGUGUUGGGGAUGGGGUUGGAGAGCCAAAGGAGGACGUCAUGGUUCACAGCGGCUCUGCUUCCCCAAUGAAAACAACACCAUCAGCAUCACCUCAUUUAACUGUUCCUGCCACAGCACCUCCUCUGCAAGUAGCACCUCCUCUGGUGCCUCCCCCUGGUGAUACUACUGGUCAGGACCUAACCCAGACCCCUGCCGAACUCCUCAGUGCAGACCUUACCUCCAACUCAGACUUGACGCAGCCAUCAACUCCGUUUCCUGCUGAUGCAGAACCCCCUGUUUUAACCCCAGUAAAAGCACUUACAACUAACUCAAGCCCAGCAUCAUCCUGGUCCUCUACACAGACACCAACCCCUGCUCAGGGCCCAGUCAAUGGCCGCACAUCAGGCAGGAAGAGGACUCCUAAGGCCUGUGAUUGCUGUGGACCCAACAGUACUGGACACAAUGUCAAAACCUCGGCCAGAGGGAGGGGGAAGGGAAGAGGGAGAGGGAGGGGGGCGGUGGCUGUUAGGGAUCUUGGGGACACCCCAAAAAGAAAAGUGGGGGACCAGCUGACACGUAUCAAGGGCUUUGAUUUGACUAAAGAAAAGGUAGAGGAAGCUGAAACUGAAGAGGAAGAUGACAGAUAUGAGAAGGUGCAAACAACAGUUGUAGUGGCUGAUACUCAGUCACAAACCCUUGUUCCCCUACCUGUCACAUCCCUGCAGGAUGGACCAAUUAUGAACUCUGUUGGUCCAGAGAAAGGGGAUGCACAGAAAAAUGAGGACAUGUUGACAGAGGGGACAGGGGUCACUGGCGAAGGAGGGCAAGGACGUGGAUGCAGGGAUGUGGAGAUGAGAUUGUCAGGAAUGGCAGGCAGUGCAGCAUCAGUAGUUAGAGGGAGAGGAGGGAGGGGAAUGAUGGGAGCUACAUUUGCAUCAAAAACGAAAGUAGAAGUUGUAAUAAAGAGUGGGGGUGGGGGUUGUGUUGUCACCAGCUCUAAAGUGGAUGCCCCGGCUUGCUCGGUGGUAGUGCAGAGUCAGGAGGAGAACAAGGAUGCAGAGAUGGAACAUGGGGAGCAAACUGACUCCAGCAUGGUUAAAUCUCCAUUUGGAAAUGGAGACACAGUAAACCUGUCUGACUCAGAACCUGAAGGGGAGGCUGAGGAGGACAUCAUGAGUGAACUGGGAAAUGGACUUUUAUCCAUGUCACAGCAGUCAGGCCCUGCCUCAAGGUCAGGAACUCCCCAGGACCUAGACUCUGAGAUGCAGGUGGACCAGACUCCUGACAGAACAGACCAGGUUUGUUUACCAGUAACUCUGUCCAAUGGAAACGUCACCACAACAACAGACCAUGACCACAGGUCCACAGCUAUGGAGGUGGAAAUUUCUCAUCAGGACCAGGGCCCUAUUACAGUGUACAGCACGCAGCACUGCUGGGCAUUAAGAGACCACAGGCUGUACUGUCAGCCAGGAACCUGGGAGAAGGAAAUGGAAGAAACGUCGGGUAAGGGCCAGUCAGAAGAAGCAGAGGUGGAUGGAAAGAUGCAGAAUGAAGAAAGCCUGGAGCAGCUUACCGAUAUGGUCCAUGAGUUUCUGGAGAGCUUCUAUAUGAGGUAUGGCAGUUUCAUUCCUCUCACUGAGACAGAUGUCCUGGAAUACCUGAAGAAGAACGGCAACUCUGACCUCAGCACAAGGGGACUGGACAUCAAAGGGGAGAUGACUCGGUACAGGUCGGGGCUGGCCUCUGCUCCAAUUGCAGGCUUCAUGGUGAUGUAUAACAAACACACCCUGGGCCUGGAGGACCUUGGCACGCUAGAAGAACAGAAUUGGCUUAAUGACCAGAUUAUCAAUAUGUAUGGAGAACUCAUUAUGGAAGCAACACAACACAAGGUUCAUUUUUUCAACAGCUUUUUCCACAAGCAGCUGGUAGCCAAGGGUUAUGACGGUGUGAAGAGAUGGACUAAAAAAGUCGACCUCUUCUCCAAGUGGCUGUUGCUAAUUCCCAUCCAUUUAGAAAUCCACUGGUCCCUCGUCACGGUCACCAUGGCAACCAAAACCAUCAGUUACUAUGACAGCCAAGGCAUCGUCUUCAGGCACACCACAGAUAACAUUAUGAAGUACCUUCAGUCUGAAGCCAGAGAGAAGGAACAGACAGCUUUCCAGAAAGGCUGGAAAAUCACUAUCAUAAAGGGUAUUCCUCAGCAGAAAAACGACAGCGACUGUGGAGUCUUUGUCCUCGAGUACUGCCGCCGUCUCUCGGUGAAGCAGCCUCUGCUGUUCAGUCAGGAGGACAUGCCUCUCAUCCGCAAGAGAAUCUACAAGGAACUGUGUGACUGUCGCCUCAAUGAUUGAUGGACUGAAUAACGGCCGCCUUCACUCACUCACUGCUUACCUGGUUACACGAGACGGUCAGUCCAAGACGACCUGUUUCACAGACAGCCUGUUACACAAGCUAACACAACCUGGCCAUCUGUUUUCCAGGGAGCCCCAACUGCCAGGCUACCUGCGUGACUGACAGCAGAGGGGCUGUCACUUUGGACUUUUGGAUACUUUUGGAGUUCAAUAACAUUCUGUAGCUAAGCAGAUUUUUACUUGCAAACUUGCAAAGAACUACUGACGUGGCCCCCUACUGACCCCAAAAAAUGCUGGACCCGCACACUUCAGGUUGCUUUUGCAUUCUGCAUUUCCCACCCCCAGAGGAUUUCAACCAAAUGGCCAAACGGCCGCCUUUUAAGAACACAGAGGAGCUCCGACUUUGACUGAGGAUGCAGGCGUUGGACCAGCCUGGACCAAUGGGAUGGACUUUCCCUCCCAAAUGGAGUGGCCUUAUCUCCCAAAGGCCAUUUUAAACUGAAUGACAUUUUUACAUUUUCCGGUUUAUUUUAUGCUGGACUUUACAGCAGUAUCAAACUUACAGUUAUAUGCGUGUUUUCUAACAUGUUAAUGAAGCUAGGAUGUGCUAUUCAGUGGACCAGCUGUUCACUUAAAACUUGAAGGUUUGAGUUGGUUUCGUUCUCUUGGACUACAGAUAUUUGCACGAUCAGAGGCCUAUCCAUUGAAGAGUCUAGAAUAUCGACUGAAUGUACUGAUCACAUUUCCUUCCUGGCCGUUUAGCAGGGUGGUGACAUAGCACCACACAGGCUAAUGGCGGAUUCUGGCUGUGGCUUGAAACAGGGAUAUCAUUUUUCAAGGUAGUUUUUGUUCAUCAGGUUUUUGACGCCUGGUCUCCUAAUCAUUUCUUAUUAAAAUUCCAGUUUUUCCACCACGUCAUUUCGUUAAUUUUUAUUUUAUUUUAUUUAUUUUUUCCUGUGCUUACAUCAUGAUGGUAGGUUUUGCACAUGCAUUUUUCCAGCCGUUUCAACUAAAAUGCAUUAUUCAAUGAUACGUUAACAUUAGAAUACAUCAGUUUCAGUUGAAAACAGUUUCUCAUGCCGGCUAUCCAGCUAGUUGCUGAAAUGAAGACUACAGUUUUUUAUUUUAGCCAAGAAGUUUCUCCAGCUUUAUAUUUUCACUGCUUCAUGUGGAUGCAUUAACACAGGCUCAAAGUCAUGGUUACAGAGUGGCCUCUUAACAGAGAAACAAGUGGACCUCAGCUAUUUUGAUUAAAUCUUCUUUCCAACCUGGGUUUUGUUGUAAUAUUCACUUAUAUGUAUUUACAGAUUGUAUUGUACUUUUACUGGCCUACUACUGUACAUGCUUGCUUUGGCUAGAAACCACAGCAGUUUCUGGGCUGUUUUUAUUGUUGUUAUUAAAAUGCCAAUACUG